AUGGAUAACCAUGAUGACCGUCGUCUAUACACCACACUCCUCGUCUUGGGUCGGGAGAACUUAGACUGGGAUCACACAGAUGGUAGGGGUGAUCUCUUGCUUCCCACGUUAGGACUCGCUUUACCCGUCUUUCCCGGUGAUGUUGUGUUCUUCCAGCCAGGGCUCCUACCUCAUCGAGUGGUGGCUCUCAAGCCAGAAGAUGCCAAGAAACGAGUGGUGAUCACCAUGUUCACCUGCGAGCCUACAACGGAUUACUUGGACAUGCAAGGAAUCAUGUUACCCCGUGCUAAGAGGUCCUGGAAGCCGAGGUCAGGGCAGGAUACUUGUCCCAAAUGUGAUAAGACCUACAAGGAUCUCCUCGAUCACAUCAAGAAGAAACACGGUGAGGACAGGUUCACUGCAGAGGAGAUGGCAGAGACGGGCUUAUGGGUGUGCUCCUGCGGAAAGGUGACAGCUAGUGAGAGAGGGUUAUCCUACCACCGUAAACGAUACCCCAGUCAUCAUGUGUAA